CAUUUUUUUGAGCCAGGACAGAAAUGACAUUGACUUAAAGAGAAGAGAUUACUGUAGCGGACACUUUUUUCAGCUGAGAGCUUCAUUUACAAUCUGACUGUGGCCUUGGAUAUGCUGUAUAAUGAGAUGCCAAGAUGUCUGGUGAAUCUGGUUCAGGUGCUGCCUCUGGAAGCACUCAGAGAGGUUAAUAAUGGAGGUCUAGGCUGCAUAUUGCAGAAAUCAUUUUGCUCUUGCUUGGUGAGACCCACUGCAGACUCCCCCGAACUAAAAGAACUCAUUGAACUGAAUGGAAUCUUUCAGCAAAAGGUUGAAGAACUUAUAGCUUCUGGGAGAUUUGACAAAGAUGACUUCACUGUAAUACUUCAGCCCUAUCUGACAGAAGCACAGCCUCCCCGAGAUCAGAAAGGAAAUAUCGAUUUUUCCUUCUUCGCACCUGACUGUUUCCAUUUCAGUGUCAAAGGACAUGAGGAACUUGCAAAAGGACUCUGGAACAAUAUGUUUCAACCAGAAGGAAGCAAGGACAAGCUGGAUUACAUCUCAGAGCCAAUACAACUAAUUUGCCCAACAAAGGCACAUCCUUACAUUUAUACUAAAUACAAUUCAGUACAUGAUAAUCCUACAGCUCUCGGAAAGGUUACUGGCAACUCAGCCACUUCAUUCAAACACCAGUUGCUUUUGCUAGCUUUAUCCAGUAUUUGUCUCCUAAUAAUACUUUAGACUGCCAGGAGGAUUAUGAGUAUGACAUUGCUAUUUUAACAACGCCGGUCUGAAGAUCCAGAAGUUCAGAUAACUAAUAACAAACCUUGUAACUGGUAAAAUACACUUACACUAGAAGUGAAUCGAGCAGUUCAGUUCACACUGCAGUGUUCCCAAAUAACAAUAAGAACUGUCUUUGUUUUCUAAAGGAGCCGUUAACAUUUUAUACAGUUACCUUUUCAGUUGUGUGUUUUGCCUUGCUUUGUGCUGACUUUCUUAGAGAAGACUAUGAGAAGCAUUUAACUGAAACAUCUCUUCAUAAAGGCUAAGAAUGCAAAUUACUCAUUAAUUGAAGCAGCGACUUA